CACAACUUCCUUGUUCCUCCAAUGAAGUCAGCAAACCCAGCAGUCUGUUAGCCUUGGAAUAUGUAUACAUACAUGUAACAUGUAAAAGGAAUUUAUUUAUUCUGUCAAGACAAAUCUACGAUCAAAACAGCAGGAUGAGGAGGAUGAGUAUAUUCCCACAGCAUGGCACAGCUCUGGGACUUACUGCAAACGAAAUCCGACAGGAAGUUGAAAACAAUACAUCUGAACUGGUAUCAGACCUGGUUAACCUGUCAGCUAGAGCCAGAUUUCAAGCAAUUCGAUCAUUACCUAUGUCAUUUAAUGAGAGGAAAACAAUCAGGAACAGAGUGAACUCCGUCAAGCUCUCAAAGACCAUACUCCCUGCAGACUGUCGUCAACAGGUGUCCCGGUCUUUCCGCAGAUUCCGCACCAACUUGGCAUCAGCCAGGCAGCGUUUGGUUGUAUGGCAGGACACCCUGAAGGAGAUUGGGGGCAGGUUUGGCACUUCUGUCCUCUCCUACUUCUUGUUCCUUAAGUGGCUGCUGAAGUUCAACCUCUUCUCCCUCCUCAUCAACUUCUGCUUCAUCACAAUCCCACAAAUUGUGCAUGCGCCCAAUAUCAGCAGCGUCACAGGGUUCAGAGGACUUGAGCUCCUCACAGGGGUGGGUUAUUUCAACCAGACGGUCUUGUUCUAUGGUGGUUAUAAUGGUGAAGUGAUUGUAUCCACAGCAGCCUACAACAUGCAAUUGGCCUAUUUUUUCACCAUAGCUGCAUAUCUGGUGCUGUGUGGGCUGUCUCUUCUCUACAGCAUAUCCAGAUCCUUUCAGAACAACUUUGUGCUAGAGACAGGACCCGUCUCUGGAGGAGCAUGGCGUCUCUUGUGCAGCUGGGACUUCAGUGUUGUCAAUGAAAAAGCCAUACAGUACAACAAGAACAACCUCGGCAUUCAGCUGAAGGAGUCCUUAUCAGAAAGGUUACAGGAGAAAAACAAAAUGUCUCUGUCUGACAGAAUAAAGCAUCUGUCUCUCCACCUACUGGCCUGGCUGCUCUCUUUAGGACUCGCCCUAGGCUCUGGUGCAGGCAUAUACUUCCUGGGGACAGAACAGCUGACCUUCAGUUUCGAUCACGAUCCAAAUGAUUUAAAGGCUGAGGCAUCUACUCUGCUUCUGCCUGUGGUUGUGGCGCUCAUCAACCUGAUAGUGCCUCUCCUCUACUCCCUUAUCAGCAAAAUGGAGAGCUACUCCAAUCCACGCGCACAGAUCUACAUCAGCAUCGUGAGAAACGUUAUUUUGAAGAUGUCCCUUCUUGGAAUUCUUUGCUUUUACUGGCUGAAUGACGUUCCCAACAAAAUCUCAUGUUGGGAGUCCUUUGUGGGGCAGAGCGUGUAUCGACUGCUGAUAAUUGACUUCAUAUUCUGUCUAUUUGGCAUUUUCUUUGGGGAAUUCCUACGCAAUGUAAUCGGAACCAUGUGUAUCCAGAGUCUUGGCGUCCCAGAGUUUGACAUUGCGAGGAAUGUACUUGAUUUGAUCUAUGCCCAGACUCUGGCUUGGAUUGGAAUUUACUACUCCCCCCUACUUCCUGUAAUGCAAGUCCUUAAAUUGUUUAUCAUCUUUUACUUGAAAAAGGUCAGUCUGAGCAUGAACUGUCAGCCUCCCAAACACACUGGCAGAGCCGCACAGAUACAGACAGUCUUCAUCGCCCUGCUCUUCUUCCCCUCGUUUGUGGGUGCUCUAGCCAUGGUAUCAUUCACAGUGUGGAGGCUGCAGCCCUCAGAUCAGUGUGGGCCAUUCCAGGGUCUCAACACCCCCUUCUAUGCCAUUUUCAAUUGGAUCAAUUCAAUUCGGGGCUUUCCUGAAAGUAACUGGGUCUGGUGGAUAUUUGAAAACAUACUCAGAAGUGAACUCUUCUACUAUCUGAUUACCCUCAUCGUCCUAGUCAUCACUUUUUUUCUCUGGCAAAUCACGCAGGGACGGAAAGAGCUCAUCAAGACACUGCGAGAGCAGAUUGCGAAUGAAGGAAAGGACAAAGCAUUUCUCUUGAAUAAACUACAAACUAUAAGGAAGCAGAGAAGGGAAAUGACACCUUACAGACCUCAGGACUUCGACCAGACACCACAUUUCAACCCAAACUGGAUGAAUACUCUGCCAUUGGAUAUGUGAAAAUUAAUUCUCUGAUUGUUUUUAUGAUGUACACGCCUUGUUUCUGUAAAUAUUGCAUUAAUCUGUAACUUAUUCAGAAACUAUCCUCUGUCUAUUGGAUGGGAAGAGGAAUGGUUUGGAAACUUAAUUUGUUAACAUUUUAAUUAGUUAAAUGAUGGUUACAACCUCACUAAAACAAAAGAACAAAUUAAUAAGUCAUGGGAAUGAAUUAUAAGUUUGUGGCCAUGAUAUCUUUUUUUUUAUUUUUUUUAUCCGGCAUGUCACAUGCACCCGUAGUUUCCUCAUGAUAAGUAGGAAAAACAUUGUCCAAGGUAACAAACAAACAUUUUACCCCUAUCCAUUUGAGUUCCCCCCCCCCUAAUACAUAUCCUGAUACAUGCUAAUAAUUUAUUGAUAUCUCUGUAAAUAUCAACAAAUAAAUAUUUUAAUAUGUAAACAA